AUGAAGGCCCCUCCCCAGAUCUCGACGGAAAACAAUCUGGGCUGCCCCUUUGGCGAUCCCAACGGCGGAGCUAACGAGGCGAUGGCGCCGGCGGACCUAAUGCACCGCCGUGAAUACCGCCACUUAUCUCCGCCGCCGCAGCUAUCGAGCCUCGGAGCUCAAAAUCCUGCAAAUAGCUCGCAGCCCCUUGCUAUUUUCAAUUCGUGCUCGGCCGAACCCUACAAAUCCACAGGAAGAAAAAGCUUUGGUACAAUUCUUGAAAACGAUAAUUUGGUGAUUGAAACUCAAAAAGGGGCACAAGGGGAUCUCGGCUUGAUAAUGGAAAACGAUGCAUUUCCGAACAAGGGAUCUUCUUCGGUUUAUAUCCCUAAUGAGCUGUCCAAUCAAGAUUAUUGUUCAAAUCAAGUGGAUCAUCAAAUGCCAACAUUUACUGAUUUUCCUAUCGACUUAGUUAAUGCUUGGUCGAUUGAUAAUCUCAACGACAACUCAAACAACUAUUCGUCACUACCUGCUGACAGUGAAGGUUUUUCGCCUUGGCUCAAUUUAUCUAUGGGCCUAGCUGGUGGGCCCGCAUUGGAUCAAGAAAUCGGGGUUGCUGUUGACUUUUGUGAUGAGAAUGUGAGAUGGUCAUCGGGCCCUGUUUAUUAUUCCGAGCCAUUUGGGCAAGGUGGGCCACUUGCUGAGGCCUUAGGCCCAAACCCAACUUCGCCCCACGAUUCUGUAAGUGGGCUUGGGACUGCUGUUUCUUCUCCUUCUGGGGUUAUUCAAAGGACGUUGUUUUCGCACUCUGAUGGUAGCGUUUGCAAUAGCCCGUUGGAAAUCGGGUUGCCGAGGAUGAAGUAG